UGGCUGUUGAUGUUUGCCAUGUUGGAUAAUUUCAUCUGCAUGUAACCUAUACAAGUAGGAUCAGAGCUGUGUUAUCAGGCGCUUCUAGAUCCAAAAUAAUGCAACAUGUUGUGCACCAAUUCUGGAGUUUGAGUGAAAUAGUUGGAGAAUUAAUUUAGAAAUGGAAGAACAGAUUAAGGAGAUUAAGGAGACGACUCAGCUCGACACUUGUAGACCAAACAAUCGACAAGUAUAUGCAACACUGCAGUUUUCCUUAUGCACUUGCAACUGGAAAUUGCACCAGCAGUUUGAGAUGUAUAAAGAUCAGGUAAAGAAGAUGGGUGAUGAAGCACAGCAAGAAGAGGAACAGAAGAGUGAUGCACCCACCUGUGGAAUCUGUCACAAAACCAAGUUUGCCGAUGGCUGUGGCCACAUCUGUUCAUAUUGCCAAACAAAAUUCUGUGCUCGGUGUGGAGGGAGAGUGUCGCUGCGAUCAAACAAGGAAGACAAAGUGGUGAUGUGGGUGUGUAACUUGUGCCGAAAACAGCAGGAAAUCCUCACAAAAUCAGGGGCCUGGUUCUACAGCAGUGGAUCAAACACAACACAGGAGGCUGAUCUGACAGAGGCCACAGAGGGACUGGUCCACACAAAUGAAGAAGCACCACAGGAGAAGAAAGCAAAACUACAGGAGCAUUCCCAAUUCCAAGGUCCUUUACCCUCAGGGGACAUUUCUACACCAGCGUCAGACAAAAACAGACCUCAAGGGCUAACGCGACAAGAUACAAUCAAAAAUGGUUCAGGGGUAAAGCAGCAUUCAAUGCAGACUGCCAGUGAGAUCCCCAUGGACAGGAAAAGGAGCCCAUCAACAUCCAGGGAACACAAUCAAAAAUACCAUCAGAGGGAAGACAGAGCAGAUCCAUCAGAGUAUGCACUUGUGGACAGUGCAAUGCAGAGAUCACCGACAGAAUAUGCAGACCGAGACAAGCGAUCCCAACGUGGGUCAUGGGCUUAUGAUGACUCUGAACAUAUCGAGCACAGAGAAAGCAGGGACUCCACUCGUAGAAGUCGAAGGAGGUCUCAAGAAUGCCGAGAUUUGGUUGAUGAAGAUAUUGAUCUACAAACUAGAGAUGAAUAUGAACGGCAGAGACGAGAGGAGGAGUAUCAAACUCGGUAUCGUAGUGAUCCAAAUUUGGCUCGUUACCCAGUCAAACUUCAACCGUAUGAAGAGCAAAUGCGGAUGCACGCUGAAAUGUCUCGAGUGCGACAUGAACGAAGACACAGUGAUGUUUCUUUGGCACACACUGAGAUGGAUGAUGUACAAAUUUCAAUGCCUAGAAUGGAAAGGCAGUCAAGACAACGUUCUGCAUGUGAUCGCAGAGGCCCUGCACAAAGUCAGCGUUCUUACUCUAUGGAAAGAACUCAAGACAUGCAAGGGCCUAGUUCUAGUUGGCAAAGGACCCCAAAUCACAGUCCUCCGACGCCCAGGCGUAGUCCAAUUCCAUUUGAUAGGGGUGACGUCCGUCAUUCAGAUUCAAUGCGGAAACAGCAGCAUUUGGAUCCAAGUUCAGCUGUAAAGAAAACAAAACGGGAAAAGAUGGAAACUAUGCUACGGAAUGACUCGCUCAGCUCAGAUCAGUCUGAGUCCGUGAGGCCACCACCACCAAAGCCACAUAAAACAAAGAAAGGAGGUAAAAUGCGCCAAAUCUCAUUGAGUAGCUCGGAGGAAGAGCUUGCAUCUACUCCAGAAUAUACCAGCUGUGAUGACGUGGAGAUUGAGAGUGAAAGUGUCAGUGAAAAAGGGAACAGUCAAAGGGGAAAAAGAAAAACUAGUGAGCAGGCAGUAUUGUCGGAUUCUAACACCUUGGCUGAGAGGCAAAAGAAAAUGGUGCGAUUUGGCGGCCACUCAUUGGAAGAGGACUUGGAAUGGUCUGAGCCUCAGAUUAAAGAUUCUGGGGUAGAUACAUGCAGUAGCACAACACUAAACGAAGAACAUAGCCAUAGCAAGAAGCAUCCGGUGACGUGGCAACCGUCCAAAGAUGGAGAACGCCUAAUUGGUCGAAUAUUGUUAAAUAAGCGAUUAAAAGAUGGUACAGUGCCUAGAGAUUCUGGAGCACUGCUUGGUCUGAAAGUUGUAGGUGGAAAAAUGACUGAAUCUGGCAGAUUAUGCGCAUUCAUUACUAAGGUGAAGAAAGGGAGUUUAGCAGACACUGUAGGGCAUCUUAGACCAGGUGAUGAAGUUCUUGAGUGGAAUGGAAGAUCAUUACAAGGAGCUACAUUUGAGGAAGUGUACAACAUCAUUUUUGAAUCCAAACCUGAGCCACAAGUAGAACUGCUGGUUUCCAGGCCUAUUGGGGAUAUUCCCCGGAUACCAGACAGCACACAUGGACAGCUUGAAUCAAGUUCUAGUUCCUUUGAGUCCCAGAAGAUGGAUCGCCCUUCUAUUUCUGUUACUUCUCCCAUGAGCCCAAGCAUGUUGCGAGAUGCCCCACAAUUCCUGCCUGGACAGCUUUCAAGCCAAAGCCUUAGUAGAAGAACAGCGUCUUUUGUUCCUAGGGUUCAGAUAAAACUCUGGUACGACAAAGUUGGCCACCAGCUUAUAGUUACAGUACUUGGAGCAAAAGAUCUUCCUUUUAGGGAAGAAGGAAGGCCAAGGAAUCCCUAUGUCAAAAUUUACUUUCUUCCUGACCGAAGUGAUAAAAGCAAAAGAAGAACAAAAACGGUAAAGAAGACACUUGAACCCAAGUGGAACCAGACGUUCAUUUAUUCUCCAGUUCAUCGGAGAGAAUUUCGGGAACGCAUGCUGGAAAUCACUCUGUGGGCACAAGCUCGAGUUCGAGAAGAAGAGAGUGAAUUUUUAGGAGAGAUUCUCAUAGAAUUGGAAACUGCCUUGCUGGACGAUGAAGCACACUGGUACAAACUCCAGACCCAUGACGUUUCAUCAAUGCCCCUUCCACAACCUUCACCUUAUACAUCACGCAGACACCCGCACGGUGAAAGCCCUACGAGGAGAUUACAAACUGUGACACACUCAUUACCGUGCAUGAGCUCAAAUGUACACAGAUACUAUUCAGGUCCACAUGCAUUAUCUUCAGGAUCUCAACGUAUCAGUGACAGCGAAGUUUCCGAUUUUGACUGUGAUGAUGGAGUUGGUGUCGUUUCUUCAGAUUAUCGUCACAAUGGGAGAGAGACUCAGAGUUCUACGUUAUCUGUUCCAGAGCAAGUAAUAUCAUCAAACCAUUGUUCACCAUCAUCAGGCUCACCACAUCGCGGGGACAAUAUGGGCUGGACCCGUUCCCGGUCUCCCAGUGUUCCCCCCUCUCAAAGAGGCUCAGAGUUGGGUCCUCGAAGCAGUCGCUGUUCCCCUCAACAGUACAAUACAAUCAGCAGAAUGGAUAGGCACAGGAUGCUGGAUGACCACUUUUCUCCAGAGAGGGAAAGUCAGUAUCUUACACUACCUCGGUCCAGACACAGUCAUGUCAUCGAGCAUCAUCACAAGGAUUUCAGGUUGAAGCCUACGGUAAACAAAUUGUUGAAAAAAAGCAGCAUGAAUCAUAUUGUUUAUCCCCUCUAUCGGGAAGAUGCUAUAAGGUUACUUCGUUCCCAAAAGAUCAACAGUAUCUACUCUGAGGGUGCUUACAAUGAUGUUGAGAGGAGAAUUGGGCAGCAGGGGAGAGUACCCACUGUUUGGUAUGAUGGUGGUGCUGCUGAUCACCCAGAAAGAUGGUACAAUGGUGGAAGUCACAAUGCAUGGUCAAAUCAUACAGUAGUGAAUGGGACAUCAGAGCACUAUAGCCAGGUUUCUGUAACAAACAGAAGAACGGCUUGCCCAAGAAUAGAAAUCCAGCAGCCUUCCACUGACACCGACAGGAGUGAAACAGUGGAAGCUGUGCCAGAUCAUGCAUCCCAUUCGGAAGCUGAACUGAGUGAGCCAGCUGAGGAAAUGAGGAAUCGCGAGCCAUCCGAUAGACAGGAAUAUCAAAGAUCCAGAUCAACAGAGCAACGGCCUGUGCUUGAGCGGAUGAACUCCCGCUCCAGAUCCUCUGAGCGUGCCGAAACAAACGUCAUGAGAUCGAUGCCAUCAUUAACAUCGGGAAGAUCUGCCCCUCCUUCACCUGCACUAACGAGGUCACAUCCCCGUAGUGGAUCAGUACAAACCAGUCCAACCAGUACACCGAUGUUAGGACGGAGGGGUCGACAGCUGCCACAACUUCCACCAAAAGGGACUCUGGAAAGAAGUGCAGUGGAUGUGGAAGAAAGAACUCGCCAAAUGAAAAUGAAAAUGAGCAAGUACAAGCAGGUAGCAGCAUCAGAUUCCAGACUGGAACAGGAAUAUCAUUCUAAGCAUCGGUUGGGACGGGACACUCAUCGAGGGUCAGAUAAUAUCUCCAACAAAUCAUCCGACAGCGAUGUCAGUGAUGUGUCUGCCGUUUCAAGGACAAGUAGUGCUUCACGAAUGAGCAGCACAAGUUACAUGUCUGUGCAGUCUGAGCAUCCUCGAACAACCAGGAAGAUCAGGCGGUCAAAAGCAUUAGAGGAGAAGAAAGAGGGAGGGGAAGGAGGAGAGGAGGAAGAUGCAGAAUUGGAGGGCGAGGUAGAGGAGGAAGAGGAUAUAAAGAAAGACAGGGAGGUGGAUGCUCUGCCCCUCAAUGAGAAAAAAGAGGAUAAUGAGGAAUUGGGGCUAGAAAAAAGAAAGGAAGAGCAAGAGGGAUAUGGGCAAGAGGAAUGUGGGCAAGAGGAAUGUGCGCAAGAGGAAUGUGGGCAAGAGGAAUGUGAGGACGAUAAAUAUGAACAAGAGGAAUGUGAGCAAGAGAAAUGUGAGGAGGAGAAAUAUGUAGAGGAUGAGGAGGAUGAGGGGGAGGAAGAGACAGAGAAGAUACAAAGGAAAAAAGAGGAUUUGCAAAGACGAUACUCUGAAAAUGAUGUCAGCAAACAGAUGGCGACCUCAGGAAAGAACAUGACGAAAAGCACCAGUGUGAUUGGAGAUAUGUACAGCAUAGAGAAGAAUGAUGGCAGCCAAUCCGACACAGCUGUGGGCACCGUUGUCACCGGUGGCAAAAAACGAAGAUCGAGUAUCGGCGCCAAAAUGGUGGCUAUCGUAGGUCUCUCAAGGCGUAGCCGCAGCACAUCACAGCUAAGUCAAACAGAGGCUGGAGGGAAAAAACUACGAAGUACGAUCCAGAGAAGUACUGAAACUGGGUUAGCCGUCGAAAUGAGGAAUAGAAUGACCCGACAACCGAGUCGCGAAUCUACAGAUGGAAGCAUGAACAGUUACAGUUCGGAGGGAAACCUUAUCUUUCCUGGUGUUCGAUUGGCAUCGGACAGCCAAUUCAGUGAUUUUCUGGAUGGCCUUGGUCCAGCACAGAUGGUAGGACGUCAGACCCUUGCAACACCAUCCAUGGGUGACAUCCAAAUCGGCAUGAUGGAUAAAAAAGGGCAGUUGGAAGUAGAAGUUAUCCGAGCUCGAGGUUUGAUGGGCAAACCCGGAUCCAAAGCUUUACCUGCACCAUAUGUUAAAGUUUAUCUAUUGGAAAAUGGCAUCUGCAUAGCCAAAAAGAAAACAAAAGUGGCACGAAAAACCCUAGACCCCCUGUACCAGCAACAGCUGCCAUUUGAAGAUAGCCCCCAGGGAAAAGUUCUUCAGAUAAUUGUGUGGGGUGAUUAUGGACGAAUGGACCACAAAUCCUUCAUGGGAGUUGCACAGAUCCUACUGGAGGAACUUGACCUGUCCAACAUGGUGAUUGGCUGGUAUAAACUCUUUCCCACCUCCUCACUGGUUGAUCCAACCUUGGCCCCACUGACAAGAAGAGCUUCCCAAUCAUCACUUGAAAGUUCAUCUGGACCUUCUUAUGCUCGUUCAUAGCAGUUGUGAAAGUGUUGCUAUCGCAACCAGCAUUCAGCUCGCAGGUCGCAAGCCCUGGUUACACUGCAUGCUUGAUGUUGUUUCUUCUGAGCCUGUUCCUAGGGAUUAAAAGCGUUCCUGUGUUCUCAGAGGAGAUUGCACACAUUGUGCCCUGAGAAGGUCCUUAGGGAAGGAGUGGAGUUUUGCAGAACUUAUAUGGUUGUUGGAAUUAAAUGACUAUUUUUUUUUGUCCAAUCUGAAGCCAUGGAUUUAAAAACAAAUAAGUAAGAACCUAUCAAUCCACACAGCAAAAGCCCUAAUUUUUCAAUGAACCAUUCUCUCUUUUUGUUUUUGAUCCUUCUUGAAUCGCCUGAUUCUCCUUUCCCACCAGAUUGGUUCCUGUAAGCAAUGGCUACUGACGUCAUGAAGGCCAGCUGGUUGUUAGUUCUGUGAGUCAACAUGGAAGCCUCAUUGUGUGGAAAGUUGGAAAUAAUGUCCAGUAAUGACUGCACAUCACCAGACGGGGCAAAGCAGAAAGGAGUCAGCUGAGCAAAACUGUACAGAACAAGAGAUUUACUUGUUUUUAAAUGCAAUGCAUAGCGAUGUGGUACUGUCAUUCUAAACCAACUUGGAAGCUUCAGAAAGAUUCCACAGUGAUUCCCAAAGCGAGAGGGCCAUGUGAUCUGAUAUCAUUGUUUCUCUGCUGAUAUACUGUAUGAAAUUGAAAAAAAAUGCAUGGACACCAAUUUAGCCGAACUUAAACAGAAAAAAAAAAACAUUUCAAAUUAUUUUCGAGGCUGAAACUUGCAAAAAACAGCCAUUUUCAACAAUUUAUAUUAUUUUUUAAAAACGUUUCACCAGUGCAUGGUUUUAUGGGGGAGUGAAUGCAACAAUAGGAUACAAUUACACCGUGUUUCCCAUAUUCAGAGUAAAAUCAUUCACGUCUGUCUUUUGCAGACUAGGAAGAUUAUUAAGGAAGGGCUUGUCUGAAUACACGUGAUUUCAACAUGACAUUAAAAAGUGUCAUCUUGCAGACAAAUAAAACAUGGUUAAAUUAAUGACACAGACCUUCAAGGUCGGAUAUUAUUCACAGAUUACACAUGCUGCUCUGUCCCUUUUACUGGAUAGUUUAUUGUAUGCUCUGAGUAUGACCUCUGUGUCUCUAGCCACUAAAGCCCCUCAUCUGGGUUAAAAGUUGCAGAGUGUUAGUGCAUUUUGAUUCCUUGGGUAGAGUAUACAUUUUAACAACAAAUAAAAACAAAAUGAUAUGAUUUGCAAGCAUGUUGAAAGUAUUUUUGCAACAUGGCUUGGGCAACACACUGCAGUAAUUCAGCAUGCAUUUGACAAACAACAUUUUGCAGUAUCCUUUUAUUGUACAGUGCAUGAUGACAUAGAACUUAUUUACAUUUUCUCAUCUUAAAUUGAAUUCUACAGCAAAUAAAGGAAUUGUGGGCUCAUUGUUCAGAAAAAAGUAAUACAAUAGUUUCUAGCAAGAUCCAACUUGUACAUACUGUAGGAAUCAGACAUUUUUUUCUCUGAAAUGAAGUAGCAUUGAUAUUAGCAGAGGACGAAUCAAGUAAUAUGGUAUUAGAUGAGAUAAUCUCCUCUACCAGCCGGGUAUAGAAAUCAUCCCAUCAGAUGUUCAGUUUUGCGGGGCUUGAAAAGUUUACGUUCCAUAGACAGGAUUACUGGAGGUCAAACUGUUUUGCUGUAAAGUUCAAUUUUCACACAUAUAUUUGUGCAGUUUAAUGAGUACUGAUGUUCCCUUGCUAGACAGAGCUGAAAAUUGGCCAUUGGAAACCACGUUAUUUAUCUGUCGUUUUUGCAUUCCAAAUUGAACUCUCCACCCUGUUAGUUUCCCACCAUGCUGAGACACCUUCCCCCCAACCCCACACCUCAAUUGAGAAAUGUUGGUUUGGCUAUAUUUUUUAAAAAGUGCUCUGUAGACUGAGAGAUUUGUAUGGUGGGAGGUGGCGAAGAACAGAGAUUGCCACGGGAGAGAAGGCUGAUGGAGCACUUGAAUGAUCGGCAAUGAGUAUGCUUGAAAACCAUUAAAAAGGAAAAUGAAAAAUGCCUUUUUUAUUUCAUAUUUGUGGUGCAAUUUUGUUUAAACCAAGUGUGAUUCUUGGGUCUUUGUCUCAUGACUAAAGUAUUGUAGAUGAAGUCUUGAAUGUUGAGUUGUCUAAAAAAAUCCUACAGUGUCACAAAAAUAACACUAACCUCUCGGGAUUGGAGUUAGCAGUGGCCACCAGCUACUAACACCAGUUUUUCAACAUUGUUGUAAGCAACUACAAGUCUGGACCUACAAUGUUUAUCUAUUUUUUAAGAAAAACAGCGUUCCAAAUUACAAAAUUUAUUUCCACAAUGCUGUCCCAUUAUUGUGACAGCAACUUAAUUUACACGCAUCUGAUUAUUUUGUGCAUAUUAUUCUUGCUUAUAAUGAUCUUUCAAAAAUUGUAACGAGAAGAAUGUUAAGGUAUGAAAGAUUUGUACAUACUUAUCAUUACGCAGUAUUUAUUUGAGGCAAUAUAAUUUUUUAAAAAUAUUUUUCACAUUAUGUCUGCAAAUCUGUUUAUGAUUUAGUCAUGACAACGGCACUAUUCCAGUGAAACACAGCUGUCUUGUACAUAGAUUUUAAGUAAAGGGACACUGAUGUUAGGUUACUGGAUAACUGGCCUGUAUGUGACAACAACUAAUGUAAAACAAACUCAUUUCUGGUGAUGGUAUUUAACAUGGCUACACUAUUAAUAAAAACAUUUCUUUACAGA